AUGUUAGCUGCAGUCAGGAGACUUUUGGGCGUCUUGGUUCCUGAUGUGAAUCCUUGUGCUUCGUCAGGACUCAUUUGUGCCCUGAGGGGUCCUCUUCCAGCUGGUUUACAGUCUGCACAGUCGUGUCUGCUUCAGCCUGACCAGCCGGUUUUUCACUUCAAGUCAUACCUCAUUAGAGGAUCUGACCAGCUUUUCUCCAGCGUCUCCAACGGCCCGUAUAUCAUGAGCACCACAGCCAAUGGCAACGACAGUAAGAAGUUCAAAGGUGACAUAAGAGGUCCCAGCGUACCAUCUAGGGUCAUCCACAUCCGCAAGCUUCCCAACGAUAUCACGGAGACCGAGGUGAUCAGCCUCGGCCUGCCUUUCGGAGACGUCACCAAUCUGCUGAUGCUCAAAGCCAAAAACCAGGCCUUCUUAGAGAUGAACUCAGAGGAGGCAGCUCAGAGCAUGGUGAGUUAUUACUCAACUGUGAUGCCCAUUAUCAGGCAUCACCCGGUCUACGUCCAGUUCUCCAACCACAAGGAGCUUAAAACUGACAACUCUCCCAACCAGGAGAGGGCCCAGGCAGCUCUUCGGGCGCUCAGUACAUCUCAUGUGGACACAACGGUGCCUGCUCCAAGCACAGUGCUGAGGGUGGUGGUGGAGAACUUGGUCUACCCCGUCACCCUGGAUGCCCUCUGCCAGAUCUUUUCAAAGUUCGGCACUGUGCUGAGGAUCAUCGUCUUCACUAAAAACAGUCAGUUCCAGGCUCUUCUGCAAUAUCCAGAUGGUGCAUCAGCCCAGGCAGCAAAACUGUCUCUGGAUGGACAGAACAUCUACAAUGGCUGCUGCACUCUGAGGAUCAGCUUCUCUAAACUCACCAGCCUCAACGUCAAAUACAACAACGAGAAGAGCCGAGACUUCACCAGACCUGACCUGCCCACGGGAGAUAACCAGCCCGCCAUGGAGCACCCGGCCAUGGCUACAGCCUUCACACCAGGUAUCAUCUCAGCUGCACCAUAUGCAGGAGCGGCUCACGCUUUUCCACCGGCCUUUACCAUCCAGCCUACAGUGUCCUCCCCUUACCCAGGCCUGACGGUCCCCGCUCUGCCUGGAACCUUGGCCUCUCUGUCCCUCCCUGGGGCCACCAGGCUGGGAUUCGCCCCCAUCCCUGCCGGACACUGUGUCCUGCUGGUCAGCAACCUUAACCCCGAGAGAGUUGCGCCCCACUGCCUCUUUAUUCUCUUCGGUGUUUAUGGUGAUGUGAUGAGAGUGAAGAUUCUGUUCAACAAGAAGGAAAACGCUCUGGUUCAGAUGUCUGACAGCACACAGGCUCAGCUAGCCAUGAGUCACCUGAAUGGCCAGCGACUGCAUGGAAAGCCUCUGCGCAUCACCCUGUCCAAACACACCAGUGUCCAACUUCCUCGUGAAGGCCAUGAGGACCAGGGCCUGACCAAAGACUACAGUAACUCUCCUCUGCACCGCUUCAAGAAGCCUGGGUCCAAAAACUACUCCAACAUUUUCCCUCCUUCUGCCACCUUGCACCUCUCCAACAUCCCCCCCUCUGUGGUUGAAGAUGAUCUCAAGAUGCUGUUUUCCAGCUCAGGCGCCAUAGUCAAGGCCUUCAAGUUCUUCCAGAAGGACCAUAAAAUGGCACUAAUCCAGAUGGGCUCAGUGGAGGAGGCCAUCGAAUCCCUGAUUGAGUUCCACAACCAUGAUUUGGGCGAGAACCACCACCUGCGUGUGUCCUUCUCAAAGUCGUCUAUCUGAGCCUGGCACUCCACCACCUGGAUACUCGCUGUUCCUCUGAGAGGAGGUGGUGUCCACUACACUCCAAUCAUUCCAACAUGCUUGCAGAAACGACCGUGAAGUCUGGUGUAAUGUUAAAUUAUUUUAUUUUAUUUUUUUUAAUUUUUAGGUUCUUUGCCUUCAAAGAGAAUUAGGGAUACUAAAGAAAGUACUGUAGUUCUGAGAUUAUUCUCUGAAGUUCUGCAUUUAAUCUCAGAAGCUGGAGAAUAAAGUAAAUAUUCUGAGUUUGUCAGGGUUUUUGGAAUUAAGUAAGAAUUCAUAGAUGACUGUCAGAAUUUAGUUGUUGUCCUCCUUGUUGUAAAGCUGUUACCUUCUAGCCACUCUUGCCUUGUGACUUUAAUCCCAGAAUCGAGGGUUUAAAGUCAGCCUUCUAAAUUUAUUAUUUCAAAUUCUGACUUUAUUAACUCAGGAUACUUUCUUUAAUCUCAGAUCCCCAGUUCUCAAAGUUUUUCAAGUGGCCCUAAUCCUUUUCUGUCACUUCCCUCUUAUAAAGUAAUAGCUCUGCCUGUAAAAUAAUAUCCUUGACAAUUUGGGAAAUUGUAGAUUUUGCCUCAGGCUGUCAGAUCUUAAGACAGAUCUCGUUUAGAGAAGCCCAGUUAGGUUUGACCUUUGGGUGAUCCCUGUGCCUUAUUUCUUGAGUCAGAAUGACCUCAACUUUGGCAUGUAAAAAAAAAAUAAGAAGAAAGAAGCAGCCUCUGUGAAUUGGCAAAGAGCAGGUUUACAGAUGACAAAGGUUUACUGUUAAUGAGAUGUAUUGCAGAUGUAUCCAUAUUUUCUGUGUAUUUUAAUGGUGUUGUUUUCAGUCCUUUUAUGUUAGUGUUUUGCACUGCUGGAUACUGUAGCGUGAAACGUGAACUAAUUGUGUUUUAGCAGGUUUGCUGGGUCUUUCGUCCUAGAUGCAAUUUUGUUUUCUAUUUCUUUUUCACUUCUUUAUUUCCACAUAUCCAAUCCCAUUUUAAUCAAAUCAGAUAUUGUAGCAAUAUUUUAAUCAUUCCUAAACCCUUUUUCCUGUGUUUCAGUGAGCUUGGCUGUAUCUGCUGCCUUUUACAAUCCGCAGACGAAUGUUGUUUUUUUUCUGUUGUGUUCUGUCGGGUUUGUGAAUCAUGAUGUUAGUUUGUCUUGUCUGUAGUGUUGCCUCUCUGAAUGGUUUUAUUUAUAAGUUUGUGAUCCACUACAGCUGAAACCAAAAAUGGCCUUCUUGAUGCAAACAAAUCCGCCUGCCUCAGGUCUCUGGUUUUAAGGACUAAAACGAAACAAAAGAUGUUGAACUGGUUUAGGCUUUUUUCAUGUUUUUUUUCUCUCAGAAUUUUUCUCUCUUCAGAAUUUCUCUCAAAAGAAUUUUGUUAGUUUCUCAACCACUUCAUCAGAUUCAGCCCACUGGUGUGACGUUAUUCCCUAUUGCAAAACCAGAUGAUAUGUGGAGUGCCUUGAACACAGCACUGAGUCGUACAUCAGGCAUUAAUUUCUCUUUAUUCUGAGAUAAAAGUUUGAUGGGGAAGAAGCCCCACAACCCUCAGAAACCUACCGAAACCAGAAAACACUGGUUUGGUUUAUUCAUGUCCUAUAUUAUUAUCAUUAUCAUUAUCAUUAUUAUUAUUAUUAUUAUUAUUACUACUACUUAUUACUAGUAGUAGUAGUAGUAGUAGUAGUAGUAGUGGUGGUAGUAGUGUCAUAAUUAUUAUCAUUAUUCAACAUUCCAGUCACUCAGAUGUCCACCUUCAAAAAGAUGAAGAUCCUUCAUUGUCUGAUCUAGAUGUUUCCUCUAAAUGAGCUACUGAAGGUUUUACAUCAUGAUGCAUUCAGUACAUGUGGGGAGAGAUUGUUAUAUAAGACUGGCACAAAGUCUUACCCUCUUUCAUUUCCAGACAAAAUGCAUUUGUACAUGUUAACAGGUCUUGUCUCAUUGCAGUCAGGAAGAAGCUCAAGUUUUGCCUGAGUUUGAAGCUGACUGAUGUCUCUUCAAUUAGUCCAUGUUAGUUGCAUGUUCUAAGGGACCCUCUGGACUAUAUUUUUGGUCUUUGGCAGAUUAAAGUUGAUCAUUGUGAGAAAUAAACUUGAUGCAAGAUCUCACUGUGAGACGGUCAGCGAGAGGUUUAGAAAAAACAAAUUCUCACAAUCAGACUACUGCUGCAGCUUGCACCAUAAACCAACCACUCAGAAUGGAGCAAGAAAAGAUGCAGCGCAGAUGUACAUGUGCUACUGUUUAGCAGGAGAACCAUCUUGGUUAUGGUUUUUAUAAAAACAAUAAAUGUUAGUUGCCAGUGUGGCUGCGUGUUGGUGGGCCCUGAUACAGUUAGGAAGCUCAGAGGGACUGUAAGUCGGCUGGUCUUUCACCAAAGGUUGAUGCAGUUACAGACACUGUUUACAACAUCUGACCCUUAAAAUUGACAAAGACUGAGAGAUGAAAUAUGUUAAGCCUGUAGAUGGCGGUUGUCCUGGUGCCCUGUUGAAUGUUCAACUGAUGCUGUGAGCAAGCUGAUCACCGACCAGAUAAAAUGGACCAAUGACAAUGCUGCAACUUGGUGACAUGAAGACUAGUGCUCGGAUGUGUUAUUUUCUCACUACACAGAGACAGGUCAGAACACAUUUCCCUUUAACCUGAACCACAGCAAUGUAACGGUCACUGUUUGAACAGCUUCCCCUGCGUGAUUUGAAUGCAUCACAAACCUUUAGUGUCACGUGAGAUGGGUGAGGCAGGAAUGGGACCAGUCAGUCGGUGACGGGAGGGGAUUGUUCAACUGUACAUACAUGUUUUAUACCACAGUUUGGUGUCUGAAAGGUGAUUGUCAGUUUUCUAUCUGAUGAAACGUGUAUAUUUUGAUUAAAGUGCAACCGGUUCUGAGCCUUAAACUGUUUGUGUCACAAAGAAAGGAAAAAAAAAAAAAGAUUAAAUCACUUUUUAUCUAAAA